AUGACAGACGUAGCCACCAAUCCUGCCUCUUCCUCUGCCCCUUCACCUCCUCACCCGCUCACUCCUCCUCAUGCCCUCACAUCACCUACAGGCAGUACACAUGCCAUGUCUACGAGAUCCAGCAGCGGUCUUGCGAGACAGCAGCCAUCAUCCCAACAACAGCAUCAGCCACAGGAACAACAACCACAUCAGCAACAGCAGCAGCAGCAGCAGCAAUUUUCUCGGCCUCAGUCUCCUCCCAGAGAAGCCCAAGGGCUUCCUUCAGUCCCCGGGCGACUCACCAGGAAACGGGCACAGUCCAUCAACAUUGAGGAAGCAAACCACCCCAGGUUUGAGGGACUGGCCAUCCGCUCCCCGGCUCUGGUUGGCACGCCUCCGCCUUCAGCUACUACGACGGAUCUCAUAUGCAUCUGUCCUGCGCCACCCAAAGUUCCGAGACCUCGCAACGCCUUCAUUCUUUACCGCCAACAUCACCAAGCUGGUGUGGUCCUGAAAUACCCCGGGCUAGCGAACCCAGAGAUCUCCAAGAUCAUUGGUGAGCUCUGGCGUGAGGAGACUGAAGAAGUCAAAAACUACUGGAAACGUCUUGCGGAGGAAGAAAAGGCCCGGCACCAGCGCCAGUAUCCACAAUACAAAUAUCAGCCUCGCCGCGGCGGGAAAGGUGGUCCAUCCGCCAGACCUGCUUCUGCACCAGGGGAUGACCCAGGGCGGUGUCCAAAGUGCCAGGGACGUUAUAUCGCCACGCCUAGGACGCCAUCAACGCCAUUCAUUCCGGGGGGGCAUCACGGGCAUCAUCUCGGCCCAUCCGCAAUGCAGCCGUUCAUUGCCAACAACCCUCGGGUGGUUGAGCAAGUGCAGCAACACCACAGGCCCAUGAUGGACAUGGUUCCUCCGCAGCACGGACUUGACCCUCGCCGUGUGGGAUACUACCCCCAGCAUCACGAGCAGCUUCGGACGAUCGAGGAGAAUUAUGACGGCUUGCCUCCUCACAUGUCAAAGAGACGGACACACCAGGACGACUAUGACCUGAUGUCGCCGGCAGAGGCAAAACGACGACGUGUUGUCGACCGAGGUCGUUCACCUGAUACCACGAUGGUCAUCUCGCAGCAUCCACAACACGUUCAGCAGCCCGUUUCAUCUCCAAUCAACUAUACUACCCUCAUUCCAGGUGCCCGGCGAAAUUCCUCCAUCAGCAGCAGUGCCUACUCUGGGACACCUGGGAGCAGUACGUUUGGUCCGGGCUCGAUGGUUCCACUUCCUCGGCCACGCAUGCCCACAGGCCUGAGUGGCCUGCAACAGGAUGCGGCCAUGAUGGCUCCGCCUCCUCGCCCAAAUCGACAAUUCAGUACUGGCGCCCCGCCGCCAUCAGCUGGACAGUCCUCGCGCAACAACUCCACGUACGAUGAAUCUCUGACGUUGGCGCCGCUGCAGAUCCCCACGUCGCCUAUACAAGCCUCCGAGGCCAGCGGCGCCCGAACACUCUCGGGUGGUGGGCCCACCGGCCUGGGGAUCAUGAAUCAGCAGGGCCUGUCGAGAGACAGCCAGGCCAGAGGCAUCGAGGCCAUGGUCAUGAGCAUCCCAUACAUGAACAAACUUGACGUCUUGCGCAAGAUCAGCCCCCCUCUCGGGCCACCUACACCAGGAAGCCCCCUGUUCGGCACAAGGGGCCCGGUGAUUGCUAUCGAGGGGGCCAGUACGGAAUUGAUGCGGGAGGUCAGACCGGUAAUAGAGAGAGCACUAAGGCAGUCGGGGGAGUGCGAGACCAAGAUUUGGACAAACUCGUCCUCGGCCAACCAGGAAGAUACAUCCGGUGCCCACAGUCCUGGAAAGAAUGGCGGCGACGAAGACACAGACAUGAGGAGUACACGCGACAAAGACAAGGACAGCACUGGGAGCCCAAGAGGCAGUGCAGGCAGUAACGGCACCAAGAAAGAUGCCAGUGCCAACGUCGGCUCGAGCCCACACGCAAUGGGCACGUUCGACUACCUGCAGACCAUCAUGGAGUGGCACUCCAAAUCAAGUGAGAUUAUCAAGCACGUCACAACCAAGCAGUUCGCAUCAGGUCCUUCUUCGAAGCCCCUUCUUCCGGUGGCACUUGUACCCGACGGGUUCAGUCUUACACUGUCGGACAGGUUCGCGUCCACGGUCGCCAUCACGGACCCGUACUCACCCGUGGACCACUGGCAGUGGAUGGCAACGCUUUGGCGAGGUAUUGUGGGGCCUGACCUGGUGGUUUACAUCCGACCCUCGACAUCCGAGGAGCUGGCAAGGAGCGGUGCGAGCGCGGUUGAGUACCGAGCUCCCGGUAUCAUGAUCGUGAGGGUCGACGCCGAGAAGGGAACGGUCGACGAGAAGACGGAGAGAAGGCUCGCCUUUGAACUGAUGGAGUGGGUCAGAGCGGGGAGUUUCCGAGACGGAUAUUGCUUUGGAGACGAAUGA